AAUUCCGUCCGCGUUGUCUCCAAGGGUAGGAGGCAAUAUUUCGCUGUGCAUGGGAAGACGGGACAUUUAGUGACGGCGCAAAGAAUCGACAGAGAGCAGCUGUGCGAGCGCGUGCAACAAUGCGUGCUGCGCUGUGAGCUGAUAGUGGAGGGGGAAAUGAAGUUCUAUGAAAUAGAAGUGGAAAUCACAGACAUUAAUGAUAACGCGCCCAGCUUCAGAGAGAUGGAAAAAGAAUUAAGAGUGAGCGAGAUGGCAGCCCCGGGGUCGCGAUUUCCUCUUCGAGAAGCACAAGACCCAGAUUCGGGCCGGAAUUCCCUGCAGGGCUACGAGCUGAGCGGCGACAAGCACUUCUCGCUGGCCGUGCAGGCGGGCCCCGGCGGCGAUCAGCGUCCCGAGCUGGUGCUGGCCAAGGCGCUGGACCGGGAGGAGGCGGCGUUUCACGAGCUGGUGCUGAGGGCGAGCGACGGCGGCGAUCCGGCACGGACGGGCACGGCUCGGAUCCGCGUGACCGUGGUGGACGCGAACGACAACGCGCCCGUGUUCAGCCAGGCGGAGUACACGGUGCGUGUGCCCGAGGACGUGCCCGUGGACUCUGUCCUCGUCACUGUCACGGCCACGGACGCCGACGAGGGUCUGAACGGACAGGUGAAAUACAGUUUCCAUAAAAUUUCAGAUCGUGCUUCAGAACUUUUUAAUCUCCACUCUGAGACAGGAGAAAUAACUGUUAGAGACGACUUGGAUUUCGAGGAAAUCGCCUCUCACGAACUUGAAGUUCAAGCACAUGAUGGAGGAGAGCUUUUUGACACGGCGAAAGUUACUAUCACAGUGACAGACGUCAAUGACAAUGCACCCGAGAUUUCCGUGCAAUCAGCACUGAGCGAGAUUUCUGAAGAUUCCCCGACGGGGACCGUGGUGGUCCUUUUGCAUGUCCAGGAUCUGGACUCCGGGCCUAACGGCGAUGUGCGCUGCUCGCUGGAUGGGGAUGUCCCAUUCCGGCUGGAGAGCUCUCACGGCAGCUACUACAGCGUGGUGACAGCGAGAGAGCUGGACCGGGAGCAGGUGCCGGAGUACAACGUGACGGUGCGGGCGGCCGACGGCGGGUCGCCGGCGCUGCAGAGCAGCGCGGUGCUGGCGCUGCGGGUGCUGGACGUGAACGACAACGCGCCGGUGUUCGCGGAGGAGCGCUACAGCGCGCGGCUGGCGGAGAACAACGCGGCGGGCGCGCUGGUGCUGACGGUGCGCGCCACGGACGCGGACUGGGGGCAGAACGCGCGCGUGCGCUACCGGCUGGCGGAGGGGCGGGUGCGGGGCGCGCCGCUGUCGUCGUACGCGUCGGUGCAGGCGGAGACGGGCGCGCUGUACGCGCUGCGCUCCUUCGACUACGAGCAGCUGCGCGAGCUGCAGCUGUGGGUGCGGGCGGAGGACGGCGGCGCGCCGGCGCUGAGCAGCAACGUGUCGGUGCGGCUGCUGAUCGUGGACGAGAACGACAACGCGCCGCAGGUGCUGUACCCGCCGCCGGGCGCAGCGGCGGGCUCGGGCGCGGCGUGGUCGGGCGUGGAGCUGGCGCCGCGCUGGUCGGAGGCCGGCGCGCUGGUGGCCAAGGUGGUGGCGGUGGACGCGGACGCGGGGCAGAACGCGUGGCUGUCCUACGAGCUGGCCAAGGCCACGGAGCCGGGGCUGUUCCGCGUGGGGCUGCACAGCGGCGAGGUGCGCACGGCGCGCUCGCCGCUGGCCCGCGACGCGGCGCGCCAGAGCCUGGUGGUGCUGGUCAAGGACCACGGGCGGCCGGCGCUCUCGGCCACGGCCACGCUGAGCGUGGUGCUGGCCGAGAGCGUGGCCGAGCUGCUGGCCGAGCUGGGCAGCGCGGCCGACGAGGCGGCGGCGCCGGGCGAGCCGGCCGCCAGCCUGACGCGCUGGCUCGUGCUGGCCGUGGCCGCCGUGUCGUGCCUCUUCGUGGCCUUCCUGCUGCUGCUGCUGGCGCUGCGCCUGCGCCGCUGGCACCGCCAGCAGCUGCUGCCGGCCGACAGCGGCGCCUUGCGCGGCGUGCCCGUGUCGCACUUCGUGGGCAUCGACGGCGUGCGCGCCUUCCUGCAGUCCUACUCGCACGACGUGUCGCUCACGGCCGACUCGCGCAAGAGCCAGCUGCGCUUCUCGGCCGCCAGCUGCUGCGACACCCUCCCGGCCCGGCCGCCGCCCGACGAGCCCGCGCCCCUGCUCGGGGACGAGGACCCGGCCGCCGCCCUGCCCGCGUCUUCUGCCCCUCCCUCGGUGAGUUUCUCGCUCCAGAUUCUCUCCGCGACGCUUUCUUUUGAUGCUCCCCUGCCCUUUCCCCGCCGUGUUCUCUGUCUUGCAUAGGAGAUUUUCCUUAAAGCAUAGUAAAUUUUUUUCGAUGAAAUUCU